GUGAAAACUUAUAUUUUAACUUAGUGCAAAAUAAAACCUUGAAGAUCACACAAUGAAAAUCUUUCGGUUAAUAUUUCUAUUAAUUUCUGUGCUCAUUAUUACUGCUGAGUCGUCGCUUAUCAAUGAUUUCUUCGCAGGAGCUAAAAAUCUAUGGCCUAAAUCCAAUGACGUAAGCAGCAUAAAUCAAUUAAAAGACUUGCCAUCAUUGCAUUUUGAGUUCCCCAAAGAGAAUGAUGCGUUUUUGAAGGAAGGUUUAGAGCUAAUUAAAGCACCAAAAGAGACAUUUGAUUUAUGCACACAUCAAGUCAUACUUUCAUUGAAGAAAAACUGUAAUACAUUAAGUUUAGAGGAAAUUGGAAAAUUGGCAGUUAUGUUGAUGAAUUGUCAGCUACGGACUGAAGGAAGAUCCAUUUUUCCUUGUACACCUGAGAUGACAUUAGCACAGUGUACAAUGGGUUUUGACAACUCAAUUUACCAGCUAUACAAUAUUCUGACAAAUCGCGCCUUGUCAAUAUGCUCUGCCAUAAAACAGCAACAAUAUCGAAUGUUUACAGAGAUAGCUGUCAAUCGAUUGAUGCAUGCAUCUCAAAAGCAGGCAUUAACUAUUCAUGAUGCACUCCAAAAUCAGAAGAGAAUCAAUGAAAUGGGAAUUCAAAAUAUCCAAGAGUAUCAGGAGAAUUUCGACAAGAUUAAGGAGACACAAGAGCUAAAUAUGGAUUUUCUGGCAAAUGCAAAAGAGCAAAUAUCGGAACUAAAUACUGAUUUACAUCGUCAAUUGGAAAUUCACCAACUAUCCGAGCAAAAACUCAUAAAAAUUGAACAAUCUGCAGAUGAUAUAGCUAGACAACUCGAGAGUACAAAUGAGAAGAUUGUGCAGCAUUAUAAUGAAGCUUUAGCAUUUUUGGAACAUUUUAAGAAUAUUAUGCAAAUGAUUGCUGUAGUCACGACAACGAUUGAACAGAUUUUUGGAAAGAUUAAGGAAGUUAUGAAUGAAAUAGGGAUAGAAUUGACAUACGAGAUGGCCAUAACAUUAAUCUUUAACUUAGUUUAUUUCACAUGUGGAAUGAUCUUCAUAAUUUUCGUUAAUCUACAACAAAAGUACAAGAAAGUGCUGAUAUGUCUAUUCGUAUUAAACAGCUUAGCUGCUUUCUAUCAAUCACAAAUUCAUUUGCUUGCAACUAAUAUUUUCGUAUGGCUUUCAUUAAUUGGCUAUCAUCUGGCACAGAAGAUCAAAGAAAAAUUAUUUACACGCAAUAUAAAGCAUCUUGGAUUCAUGAAAUUAAAGAAGGAUGAAGACAACCAUUCUAAUUCAGGAGAUAAAAGUCGAAGUGUUUCUAGAGCUCGUUCUAUAACUCCAUUCGCAAAACCACCAGCUAAAAAGAAAGCAUUAGAAAAGAUUCCAAAUAAUAACAAUACAGAAGACGAAGAUGCUGAAUUGGCUGAUUUGUGUGAACGUGAAAUGAUAAAAAUCCAAAAUAACAUUCCACAAACUUCAUCGAUCAUUAUUGUUCCACGACCAGAUACGCCUAAUAAUCGUCCAAUGACUCCAACAAUUGCUCGUGUCUUAAGAACAGAAGGUGUUGAUGUUAAUCGUGCAGGAACGCCUUUUUCUCCAGCAAUGUCCACUCGAAUUCAAUGUCAAGCUACGACUCAAUUAGGAGCACAGUGUCGCAAUGCAGCUCUUGUUGGUUAUACAAAAUGCAAAGUACAUAAUUACGACUGAGACUUUCAUUUAUUUUUUUUGUCAAGUAAGUUUAACCGAAGAACAGGAACACUUAUUGAUAAUAUUAAGUUUUUUUUUUCAAAGACAAGUUUAUAGAUUUUUUUAAGGCAUUUAAUAAUUAAUAACUUCUAGAUUUAUUUAUUUUUAUUCCGAUGAAGAAUAAAAACUUUUUGAAGCCAGACU